AUGGCCUAUUUCGAGUACACGCCGCUCAAUCGGCAGACUAGGAGCAUUCGCCUUCUGAGCUUCAAAGACGAAAGUCACAACACCAGAGGUCCAAGCCUGUCCUGCCUGAUGGAGACCUUCGAGUUGACCCGAUGCCCACCAUUCAUCGCGCUUUCCUAUACUUGGGGACAUCCAGGUCUGUGUCGCGAGAUCAGCGUCAAUGGCAAACCACUCCGCAUCCGGGAGAAUCUCUACUUGGCAAUGUCGGUGCUACGAACAAUGCCAGGUACACAGGUGUCGCAUGAUCCGUUGCGAGAGCGUAAGCUCAUCUGCCGCCAUUUCUGGGUUGAUGCAAUCUGUAUAAACCAGGAUGACAUUCUUGAGCGCGGCCACCAGGUCAACUUGAUGGAGUCCAUUUUCACUGGCGCGACGUGUGUCAUCGCGUGGCUAGGCCUUGAAGCCGACAAUUCCAAAGUGGCUAUCGAUGCAUUGCGGUCCCACUUUCGGAGCUAUGCAGGAAGAGCUGCACUCGGAGGAGGACAUCAGACCCGCCCGAGCAAUCGGCUCUUGCGCUCGGCAUUCCACUGCUUAUUAUCUCGGUCGUAUUGGAAUCGGAUGUGGAUUGUGCAAGAGUUCAUUUCACCGAAGAACCUCCUACUGCUUUGCGGAGAGCAUGGUGCCUGGUGGGAGGACCUUCUCGCGUCCAAACCUGCGAUCAGGGAGAUGAUGCUGCUGCAAUCGGGCUGGUUGAAAUUGUGGGAGGCCCGAGGCCGGUGGCAGCACUCUAAUUCCCAUCAUGGCCACGUCGGUGAGGCCGUCGAUCACGGUCUGAGUGGUGCUGUGGAUCAGAGACUCGACACAGGCACGACGUCAGCAUUGACAAGAGUGAAUUCCCUCGAUGAGCUUCUGUUCGCCUUCAAUUACGCACAGUGCAGCGAUCCGCGCGAUCGCAUUUAUGCUCUGUUGUCUCUGGACCGACACCGAAGACCGCAUAACUCUAGACUUCUUCUGCCGGACUACACUAUUUCUGGGGAACAGCUUUACUAUCGCGUUCUUUCUCACCUGAGAUACUCGCCUUACCUUGCCACGCAUGAAUCUUGGUCACGUUUCCGAGCUGUGCUAUUUCGAGCACUGGAGUUGGACCCAGACGAAAUGUCUUUCCAACUUCACGAUGAAGUAUACAAGAUCACGGGUUGUCUUUCAUGGCAGCGAAUGGCUGCUUCUUUUGGGUCCUACGAACAGUUCCAGUACCGAUACUUUUUGUGGUGGCAGAGCCUCAAAGGAUACGAUCUGUUUAAUUCAGAUACCCCAACGAGCUCGUACAGAAAUCUCAUGUCACUGUUCCCCGUCAGUACAAAUAAGAAGCCCGUACGGCACAGCACCAGCACUUCUGUCUGCCUCACCAGAUUUGUUACCAUGUCCAGUCGUCCAUCAUCUUGCCUCUCACUCUUCGGUGAAUGGGUUAAAAAGUACGAUUUCUUGGAGGCUUACAACAACAAGGGUGAGGACGAGUGGAUAUCCGACCGCGGCGGUUGCAACCACCUCGGCCAGCCGAAGAAUUUCAACCUUUCACCACCAGAUGCUCUAGACCCCAAGGCGUAUCCACCCAUCAUUAUGGCUUCACGGGGAGUUUCUACUCUCAAGUUCGUCGGCACCGUGUCGCUCGGUCUGUUGACGGGCCUAUCCUACACCCUGUCAACCCUCACCGUCCCAACGCUCCUGACCCUGCCCUCGGCCAGCACCGCCGCCAAGGCCUUCCGGACGCUGACCACAACCGCGAGGACGCAACUGCGCACCCUUGCCGGCAUCUCGAGCACCGCCUUCUUCCUCGCCUUCGCCCUGUCCCCCCGAUCCGCUCGCCACCCCUACCUGCUGUACACAUCGGCCCUCGUCGCCAUCUCCCGCCUGUCCGUGUCCGACUUCGUCGCCCCAUACCUGUUCGCCCACCCUCACACCCCGGCGUCCUCGCAAAGGCGGUCAUCAUCUGCCGCACGCAAGGACCGAUCGGCCACUCGUCGCAUGGAGGCGAGCUACGAUGUGAUCGGCUCCGAUGCCCACAGCGAAGCCACGCUCGACUCAGCAAGCGAUAGAAGCAUCGAGGACGACAGCGCCGCCGCCGACAGCAAUGUCAACGGCGAAGAAGUCCGCGGCGAGGUAGAGACCUUCCUGAAGAAGCAGCAGGUCUCUACUGCGACAGCCGGCCUGGGCUUCCUCAUGGCCGUCGUUGGCAUUUGGGGCGAUGGCGCCGUGAGCUACGUCAGCGAGACGGUUGUCAAUGUUGUCGAGUUUUGA